AUGCGUGACCACCUUUACACAAAGUACACGCGAGUAUGGAUCCCAGAUGCAGAGAACGUGUGGCAGGCGGCGGAGAUCGACCGAGACUUCCGGCAAGGAGAUUCCACGCUGCGCCUCCGGUUGGAGGACGGCACGGCGCUGGAGUACCCGGUGGGCCCCGAUGGCAACCCGUUGCCGUUCCUCCGUAACCCCGACAUCCUGGUGGGCGAGAACGAUCUGACGGCACUGAGUUAUCUUCACGAAGCGGCCGUGCUGCACAACCUCAGGGUCCGAUUCCUGGAGUCCAAUCACAUCUACACCUAUUGUGGCAUCGUCCUAGUGGCCAUCAACCCGUACGAGGAGCUGCAGAUCUACGGCGAGGAGGUGAUCAACGCCUACAGCGGCCGGAACAUGGGCGACAUGGACCCGCACAUCUUCGCCGUGGCCGAGGAAGCCUACAAACAGAUGGCCAGGGACGACAGGAAUCAGUCCAUCAUUGUGAGCGGGGAAUCUGGAGCCGGCAAGACUGUUUCCGCCAAGUACGCCAUGAGGUUCUUCGCCACUGUGGGAGGAUCUGCCAACGACGCCAACGUGGAGGAGAAAGUUCUGGCCUCCAAUCCCAUCAUGGAGGCAAUCGGCAAUGCCAAGACCACCAGAAAUGACAACAGCAGUCGUUUCGGGAAGUACAUCGAGAUCGGCUUUAACCGCAGCUACCACAUCAUCGGCGCCAACAUGCGAACGUACCUGCUGGAGAAGUCCAGGGUGGUCUUCCAGGCUGAAGAGGAGCGCAACUACCACAUAUUCUAUCAGCUGUGCGCGGCCGCCUCUUCGCCGGAGCUGCGGGACCUUUGCCUCACCAGCGCAGAAGACUUCCUGUACACGUCCAUGGGCGAGAACAUCUUUAUCCAGGGGGUCAGUGACGCCGACGACUUGGAAAGGACCAGGCAGGCCUUCAGGUUGCUCGGCAUCAAAGACGGCAGCCAGAACGCCAUUUUCAAGGUACUGGCGGGCAUCCUGCAUUUAGGCAACAUCGAGAUCUACUCCGAGAAGGACGGCGAGUCCUGCCACGUCUCGAGCGAUGACGUCCACCUGGCUCACUUCUGCAGGCUCCUGGGCUUGGAGGCGCCUCAAAUGGAGCACUGGCUGUGCCACCGGAAGUUGGCCACAGCCUCCGAGACCUACGUCAAGAACAUGUCAGCCCGGCAGGCGGCCAACGCCCGCGACGCCCUGGCCAAGCACAUCUACGCCCGCUUGUUCGACUGGAUCGUGGCACGCAUCAACGCGGCGCUGCGCGCAUCCUCCAAGCAGCACUACUUCAUCGGCGUCUUGGACAUUUAUGGCUUCGAGACCUUCGAGGUCAACAGCUUCGAGCAGUUCUGCAUCAACUACGCCAAUGAGAAGUUGCAGCAGCAGUUUAACUCGCACGUGUUCAAGCUGGAGCAAGAGGAGUACAUUAAGGAACAGAUCCCGUGGACCCUCAUCGACUUCCACGACAACCAGCCUUGCAUCGACUUGAUCGAGGCACGACUGGGCGUGCUGGACCUUCUGGACGAGGAGUGCAAGGUCCCCAAAGGCACGGACCAAAACUGGGCGCAGAAGCUCUACAAGCGACACGAGGCCAGCCCCCACUUCCAGAAACCCCGAAUGUCCAACACUGCCUUCGUCAUCAUCCAUUUCGCCGACAAGGUGGAGUACGAGUGCGCCGGCUUCCUGGAGAAGAACCGGGACACAGUUUACGACGAGCAGAUCAACAUCCUCAAGGCCAGCCAGCUGGAACUGGUGGCCGACCUGUUCGGUGACCAGGACGCGCACGGCCCCAAAUCGGCCAAGGUCAACUUGCGCCCCGCAAGGUCGGCGCCGAAGCCCCCCAACAAAGAACACAGGAAGACUGUUGGCCUGCAGUUCCGCAGCUCUCUGCAUCUCCUGAUGGAAACGCUCAACGCCACCACGCCCCACUACGUGCGCUGCAUCAAACCCAAUGACGACAAGGAAGCUUUCUCGUUCGACUCCCAUCGAGCCGUGCAGCAGCUGCGUGCGUGCGGCGUCCUAGAGACCAUCCGGAUCAGUGCUGCCGGAUACCCCUCCAGGUGGACGUAUGGCGACUUCUUCAGCAGAUACCGCGUGUUGAUGCGCAAGGCAGACGUCUCGUGUCCCGACAAGAAGUUGGUGUGUCAGAGGGUGUUGGAGACGCUGAUCAAGGACGCCGACAUGUUCCAGUUAGGGAAGACCAAGAUCUUUUUCCGAGCGGGCCAGGUGGCCUACCUGGAGAAGUUGCGUGCCGACAAGUUCCGCUCUGCCUGCAUAACCAUCCAGAAGACUGCGCGCGGAUGGCUGCAGAGGCUCCGUUAUCAAAAGAUCCGUAAAUCCGUCAUCUUGUUGCAGAGAUACGGGCGUGGCUACUUAGCGCGCAGGUAUGCGGAAUACUUGCGGCUGACGCGUGCCGCUGUGGUCUGCCAGAAGAACUACCGUAUGGCCAGAGAGCGCCGCGACUUCCUGGCGGUGCGCCGGGCCACCGUCACCAUCCAGGCCUUCGCGCGAGGGAUGUUCACGCGCAGAAUCUACCAGGAGUUCCUACUGCACCACAAGGCCCUGAUCAUCCAGAGCUGCGUCCGCGGCUGGCUGCAGAGGCUGAAGUACCGGCGGAUGCGGCGUGCCGCCGUGGUGCUGCAGUGCGCCUACAGACGCUGCCGGGCGCUGCGCCGCUUCAAGGUGCUCAAGACCGAGGCGCGGUCGGCCGAGGGCCUGAAGAAGCUCAACACGGGCAUGGAGAACAAGAUCGUUCAGCUGCAGAGGAAGAUGGACGAGCAGGGGAAGGACUACCGCGAGCAGAACGACCAGCUCCUGCGUGCCAACACCACCCUGGGGACGGAGCUCAGUCGGGUCCAGCAGCAGCUUCAGCAGCUGCAGCAGCAGCAGCAGGCCCACAGCCAGCGGGGCGGCGCCGAUUCACCGGGGCAGGUCGAGCUUGAGGCGCUUCGGACGCGGCUGGAGGAGGCCCGGGUUCUCAAGGACGAGACUGAUGGCCGGCAUCAGAACGAGAAGACGCAGCUGAUCCAGAGGGUGGCCGAACUGGAGGAGGAAAACGCGCUGCUCAAGAGCGAGAAGGAAGAACUCAACCAGAAGCUGAAACAACAGUCCGGCCGCUCCUCAGAGGAUGUGGGAAGCGCCUUGCUGCGUGCCGAGAUGGAUGCCGAGCGACGUCGCUACCAAAAUCUGCUGAAAGAAUAUUCCAGACUGGAGCAGAGAUAUGACAAUUUGAAGGAAGAAGUUUCCCUCACCAAGUUCCAGCCGGGUCACCACCGGAACCUGUCCAAUCAGAGCACCCCGGAGUCUGAUUCCAAUUACACGUCCAUCUCCACCUCCGAGGCGGGAGACGCCGACGAUGCCCUGCACCUGGUCGAGGAAAUGGGCGUCGACAAGGCGGCCAUGGACAUUGGCAUCUUCGUCAAGCUUCAGAAGCGCGUGAGGGAGUUGGAACGUGAGAGGAAGCGACUGCAGGACAGCGUGGACAAGAUGGAGGAGACGGCCAGGAACAAGGUUAGCGAGGCAAAGAUUCUCAAGAGCGCUGCCGCCGAGCAGGAAGCAGCAGACUUGGCCUAUAACACCCUGAAGCGUGAAGAGCUGGAGUCGGAGAACCUGCGGCUGAAGAACGAUCUGAACGAGCUGCGGCGCGGCGUGAGCGAACGGGCGGCUGAUGACGACGCCUCAAAGGAACUUCGGGAGGGCUACGACAUCCUGAUGAGUCAGCUCAAGGCGGCCAGUGAGGAGCUGGAUGCGCGCAAGGAAGAAGUGGUCAUACUCAGGACGCAGCUCGCCAGUGCCACACAGCAACGGGCUGACGCUUGGGACGAGGAGGGCGCAGAUGAAGUGGAUGCAAACGUGGCCGAGUUGCCGUCGGAUAAAUCCCAGGCACUGGAGGUCUACCGCAGCGUAUGCCAGUCUAACAAGCAUCUGGAGCGUGAGCUUCAGUCUCAAGCGAGCCAACACGCCGAGGAGGCCCGAGAGCUGCGGGCCGAGGUGGAGACGCUAAAGGAGGACGUAGAGAAGAAGCAGGAGGCACUCAACUACGCCACGUCCCUGUCGCCGGAGGCCCUGCUGGAGUACAGCGUGCAGCUUGAGAUCACCAGGCUCACCGACGACAACCUGGACCUGAAGGAGUCGGUGGAGAAACUGGAGAAAAACGAGCGGAAGCUGAAGAAACAGCUGAAGAUCUACAUGAAGAAAGUCCAGGAGCUGGAAGCAAGUCGCGGCGGUCGCGGCAAAGCCGAACUGGGUCGGCACGUGACGCUUCAGCGCAAGGAGAAGGACUUUGAGGGCAUGCUUGAGUACGACCAGGAGGAUGAGUCUCUGCUCAUCAAGACCCUUAUCACAGACAUGAAUCCUAACUUGUUGUCCGGCACAGUCCCGUGCCUGCCGGGGUACAUCCUGUUCAUGUGCAUCCGCCACGCCGAUUACGUCAACGAUGACCGCAAGGUGGAGUCUCUGCUCACCGCCACCAUCAACGCCAUCAAGCGCGCACUCAAGAGGAACGAGGAUUUUGAGACGACUUCUUUCUGGCUGGCCAACACGAGUCGCCUCCUGCACUGCCUCAAGCAAUACAGCGGAGACGAGGCAUUCAUGGUGCAGAACACGUCCAAGCAGAACGAGCACUGCCUGAAGAACUUCGACCUGGCCGAGUACCGGCAGGUUCUCAGUGACCUGUCCAUUCAGAUCUACCAGCAGCUCAUCCGCGUCGCCGAGGCCACCAUCCAGCCCAUGAUUGUUUCGGCCAUGUUGGAGAGCGAGAGCAUCCCAAGUCUGGCGGGCGUCAAGCCAGCCGGCUACCGUGACCGCUCGUCUAGCCUUGACGGCGACGGGGGACGCGGCGGCGGCUACACGCUGCCGGCGCUGAUCCGGCAGCUGAGCCGCUUUCACUGCGCCAUGCGGGACCACGGCCUGGACCCCGAGAUCGCCGGGCAGGUGGUGCGGCAGCUCUUCCGCUGCGUCAACGCCAUUACGCUCAACAACAUCCUGCUGCGUAAAGAUGUGUGCUCUUGGAGCACCGGCAUGCAGCUGAGGUACAACACCAGUCAGAUGGAGGAGUGGCUGCGCGCAAACGGCCUAUACGGGACAGGGGCUGCACAGGCGUUGGCGCCAGUCAUUCAGGCCGCUCAGUUGCUGCAAGUUAAGAAAAAAAGCCCAGAGGACGCAGAUGCCAUCUGUUCGCUCUGCACGGCGCUCAACCCCCAGCAGAUCGUCAAGAUCCUCAACCUGUACACGCCACUCAACGAGUUUGAAGAGCGGGUCACUGUUUCCUUCAUUAGGAACAUCCAGGUCAGAUGCCAAAGGGAACCAGUAACGGAAAAACUGCUGGUGGACACCAAGCAGACAUUCCCGCUGCUUUUCCCGUACGCGCCGUCCUCUCUGGGCCUGGAGACGGUCCACAUUCCCGCCUCGCUAGGCCUCCACUUCCUGGUCCGGGUGUGA